AUGGUUUACGAUAUCUAUCUCUGACCUCGACACAAUAUUUUUAUUACGGACAUGUUUUAUUAUAUUUCUUUUCUGCGUCCACCGCCAUUGCAGGCUGCUCUCUCUGGGUCGAUAUCCAUCACACCGCAAGUCGCGAAUGACCUCCGUACAGAACCUUUCGACGGCGCACAGGACAUAUUUUAUUGCUGGUCUGCCACUUCUACCACACCCGUCGCAACAAAACCCACAAAGUUGACCACCUGGAGACAAUCUAAUGCGUACAAAGAGCUUUCCGUUCCAUUACCUCCAAAUUUGAGGUCAGGACAAUCAUGGCGCCUCGUCCUGAGCUCGCGCGCGCACGGUCAAGUUUCCUCCAUCCAGUUGGACGAAGAUGCGCUCGGAGACACGCCUUUUCCUGUCAUAUCCAUGCCCAUCGUGUUCAGUCCUCGCCCGGGUAAGGCUGUUAAGCAGGAACAAGUAGAGAGGAUAUACAAUCUCUUGCUUAAAUCUAAUGAUGAUCCACUGUCUAUGGUGAUCAGAGAACAAACAUCGUUUGAUCUUGACAAGAAAAUAUGGGAUAGUGGUAUCGGACUGAGUUCUUGGAUACUGAGACACUAUAACCACUGUUUCGAGAAUACGGCUCCAUUGACCGAACUGCACCGAAGACUGUUUGGCAGUAAACAUGGGAAUAUAAUUGAACUAGGUGCUGGAACUGGUAUUGUCGCUCUAACUCUGGCGAUUCUUCGCUCCUCCACCUUCACUGAAGGUUUUGAGGCCCCCAAUCGUCUUAUAACGACGGAUCUUUCUUCUGCGAUGCCUCUUUUGGAACGUAACAUCUCGUCUAAUGGUCAUUUAUUUCCCCUGGCGCGUCCGGAAGCUGUGGUCUUAGAUUGGGACAACGAAGAGCUUCCACCAGCUGUUCAUGAUCUUGAGAAUGGACUGGAUGUAAUUGUAAUGGCAGAUGUCACGUACAAUACCUCGUCCUUCCCUUCUCUCAUCAGGACCCUGUCUUCUCUUAUCGAAUUCUCGAUGACCAAAAACGCCGCUCCCCCGCUCAUAUUGCUCGGAUACAAAGAGCGAGAUCUUGCAGAACGUACUUUAUGGGGCAUGGCGAGUGAAAUAGGAAUAUCGCUGGAGAAAGUGAGUGAGCUGGCAGGAGCUGGGGGUGCACCAAUCGAAAUAUGGGUGGGACAAGCGAAGAAUAAGUCGGAUCAGUAAUAUGAAAGAACACCUAUUGAAAGAAAUUAGGAUCGUAAGCUCGCAUGUCAGAUAAAUGAAAUGAUCUCCAAAAGACGUCAGCUCUUUGCAGCACUGACAUAUGCC